CUCCAACAACUGCAGCAGCAGCAGAUGCAACAGCAGCAGUUGCUGCAGCUCCAGCAGCUGCUCCAGCAGUCCCCGCCACAGGCCCCGCUGCCCAUGGCGGUCAGCCGGGGGCUCCCCCAGCAGCAGCCACAGCAGCAGCUUCUGAAUCUCCAGGGCGCCAACUCGGCCUCCCUCUUGAACGGCUCUGUGCUCCAGAGAGCUUUGCUUCUGCAGCAGUUGCAAGGAUUGGACCAGUUUGCAAUGCCGCCAGCCACGUAUGACAGUGCCGGUCUCACCAUGCCCACGGCAACAUUGGGUAACCUCCGCGGCUACAGCCUGGCGACUCCAAACCUGACAGCCCCCAGCCUCCCACCCCCUCCGCUGGCCACCCCAAAUCUACAGCAGUUCUUUCCCCAGGCCACUCGGCAGUCCCUGCUGGGCCCCCCUCCUGUCGGGGUCCCCAUAAACCCCUCCCAGCUCAACCUUUCAGGGCGGACCCCCCAGAAACAGGCCCGGACCCCCUCCUCUACUACCCCUAAUCGCAAGACGAUGCCUGUGGAAGACAAGGAAGACCCCCCAGAGGGGUCUGAGGAAGCCGCAGAGCCCCGAACAGACACACCAGAAGACCAACAUACCUCUCCCAGCCCAGAUGGCAUCGCCAAGGAAAAAUGCACUCCAGCACCUGAGCCCAAGUCCUGUGAGUUGUCUGAGCCACCAGCCAAGAAGUCAAAGGGCUCAGAGGGGCCCACAGAGAAGGAGCCCCCAGGGCAGCUGCAGGCGAAGGUCCAGCCACGGGCCAGGAUGACAGUACCGAAGCAGACACAGACACCCGAUCUGCUGCCUGAGCCACUGGAAGCCCGAGUGCUGCCACGAUUCCAGCCACGGGUUCUGCAGAUCCAGGCCCAGGUGCAGCCACAGACUCAGCUACACACGCCACCAACGGAUGUCCAGGUGCAGCCAAAGCUGCAGAAGCAGGCACAGACACAGACCUCUCCAGAGCACUUAGUGCUGCAGCAGGUGCAGCUGCAGCUGCAGAAGGAGGCAGAGCCACAGAAGCAGGUGCAGCCACAGGCACAUUCACAGCCCCCAAGGCAGGCACGGCCACAGCUGCAGAAGCAGACACAGACGCAGACGUAUCCACAGGCCCAGGCAGAAGCACAGCCAAGGGUCCAGCUACUGGAGCAGCCACCAGAGCAACCUCCAGUGCGGUUGCCAGUGCAGCCACGGGACCAGACCCAGGGGCAGCCUCAGACCCAGUCACAGGUGUUGGUGCCAGCAUUAGAGCAAGCACCGGCUCAUUCCACAGUGCUGGAGAUGCCUCCUGACACAGUAGAAGCUGGAGCAGGCCUGGAGGAGGCCUCGCCAGAGCCCGUGGGUGCCCAGGUCAGCAUGGAGGAGAGCCAGGAGGACUUGACCAGUGGCCUGGAUGUGGGAGAAUGUGAAAAAAGAGCAAGAGAGAUGCUAGGGAUGUGGGGUGCCGGGGGCUCCCUGAAGGUCACCAUCCUGCAGAGCAGUGACAGCCGGGCCUUCAGCACUGUCUCCCUCACACCCGGGCCCCGUUCCGGCGAGUCCACCUCCGCCACCCCUGCCACCAGCAGCGUGCCCUCUAAGCAGGCCCUCCAGUUCUUCUGCUACAUCUGCAAGGCUAGCUGCAGCAGCCAGCAGGAGUUCCAGGACCACAUGUCGGGGGCCCAGCAUCAGCAGCGGCUCGGGGAGAUCCAGCACAUGAGCCAGGCCUGCCUCCUGUCCCUGCUGCCUGUGCCCCGGGAUGUCCUAGAGAGGGAAGACGAAGAGCCUCCGCCGAGGCGCUGGUGCAACACCUGCCAGGUCUAUUACGUGGGGGACCUGAUCCAGCACCGCAGGACACAGGACCACAAGAUCGCCAAACAAUCCCUGCGACCUUUCUGCACUGUUUGCAACCGCUACUUCAAGACCCCCCGCAAGUUUGUGGAGCACGUGAAGUCCCAGGGGCACAAGGAUAAAGCUAAGGAGCUGAAGAUGCUUGAGAAGGAGAUAGCCGGCCAAGAUGAGGACCACUUCAUCACAGUGGAUGCUGUGGGCUGCUUUGAGGGUGAUGAAGAAGAGGAGGAGGACGAUGAUGAUGAAGAAGAAGAAAUCGAGGUUGAGGAGGAAUUCUGCAAGCAGGUGAGGUCCAGAGAUAUAUCCAUAGAGGAGUGGAAAGGCUCGGAGACCUACAGCCCCAACACCGCAUACGGGGUGGACUUCCUGGUGCCUGUGAUGGGCUACAUCUGUCGCAUCUGCCACAAGUUCUACCACAGCAACUCGGGGGCGCAGCUCUCCCACUGCAAGACCCUGGCCCACUUCGAGAACCUACAGAAAUACAAGAAGGCCAAGAACCCCAGCCCCACCACCAGGCCCCUGAGCCGCCGGUGUGCCAUCAACGCCCGGAACGCCCUGACUGCGCUGUUCACCUCUGGCGGCCGCCCACCCAUCCAGCCCAGUGCCCAGGACACAGCCAAGACCCCCAGCAAGGUGACGGCCCGACCCCCUCUACCUCAGCCCCCACCACCGCGGCGCUCGACCCGCCUCAAAACCUGACAGCGGGAGCUCCCCAGCCCACCCUGUCCGGCUCCAGAUCUGCUUAGCUUUUUAGGAGUCUGUGUGGAAACUUUGACAUGGUUGGUGUUUUUACUCAAAAUCCAAUAAAACAAGGUAGUUUGGCUGUACAGUU